AUGUACGGAGAACCCCGCUGGCCGUAUGGACGGGGACAUACCACCUCAGACACACCACGACCCAACCACAGGACCACCUCAGACACACCACGACCCAACCACAGGACCACCUCAGACACACCACGACCCAACCACAGUACCACCUCAGACACAACACGACCCAACCACAGUACCACCUCAGACACACCACGACCCAACCACAAUAUCACCUCAGACACACCACGACCCAACCACAGUACCACCUCAUACACACCACGACCCAACCACAGUACCACCUCAUACACACCACGACCCAACCACAGGACCACCUCAGACACACCACGACCCAACCACAGGACCACCUCAGACACACCACGACCCAACCACAGGACCACCUCAGACACACCACGACCCAACCACAGGACCACCUCAGACACACCACGACCCAACCACAGGACCACCUCAGACACACCACGACCCAACCACAGGACCACCUCAGACACACCACGACCCAACCACAGGACCACCUCAGACACACCACGACCCAACCACAGGACCACCUCAGACACACCACGACCCAACCACAGUACCACCUCAGACACACCACGACCCAACCACAGGACCACCUCAGACACACCACGACCCAACCACAGGACCACCUCAGACACACCACGACCCAACCACAGGACCACCUCAGACACACCACGACCCAACCACAGGACCACCUCAGACACACCACGACCCAACCACAGGACCACCUCAGACACACCACGACCCAACCACAGGACCACCUCAGACACACCACGACCCAACCACAGGACCACCUCAGACACACCACGACCCAACCACAGGACCACCUCAGACACACCACGACCCAACCACAGGACCACCUCAGCCCCACACCCAACCACAGGACCACCUCAGACACACCACGACCCAACCACAGUACCACCUCAGACACACCACGACCCAACCACAGGACCACCUCAGACACACCACGACCCAACCACAGUACCACCUCAGACACAGCUCAGCCAUCUCUGUCUGAAUCAGUUUCAGAGCACAGUACCACCUCAGUAG